AUGACUUCUGUCAUAUUCAAUGAGUGGUUGGCAGUUGUCAACAAGCAAAUGAGAUGGGAAGGCCGCCGGAUUCUCAUCAUAGUGGACAAUGCUCCAAGCCACAUCAUGACGAAGAACCUGCCCAACGUGGAAGUUAAGUUCCUCCCUCCAAACUUAACAAGCGCUGUCCAACCCUUAGAUCAGGGCAUCACACAGUCAGUCAAGCUCCCCUACAGAAAACUGCUACUGUCGAGCCUGGUUUCCAACGCUGCCACCUGCACCACUGUCUCCGAAUAUCUCAAGAAAGUUACCGUUUUGGAUGCAAUCGGCUGGCUUGCAAGUGCCUUGAAGGAAGUUCGCUUGGAGACAGUUCGAAAGUGUUUUGCUAGGUGUGGCUUCGCAGAGGAAGCGAGCAUGUGUUAUGGUGACAUCGAGGACGACGACGACACCGAGACGUACAACUACUUUCAGGAGCGAUUUGGUUUAGUGAGCACGGAAGAAUAUGCAAACCUUGACCAUGACGUCGAAGUGCAUGACCGUGGCCAGGAGACAACCGAACCCUACACCACCCGGGAACAGGACAGUGAUGAUGGAGGUCAGAGCGAAGAUGGCUCCGGAGAGGACAAUGAGGUAGUGCCACAUCACACGCCUGAGGAUGCUUUUACUGCUUUCCGGAUACUAGAGGAAUACGCACACCAGCCUUUUCCACAUCUGGCAAGUGAAAUUCUGGACUUGAAACUGAGACUUGACUGA